AUGCAUCAAUGGAUGGCGGAUGGUGGAGCGGAAGUACCGUCCGAAUUACUUCAAUUAACAACGUCAACAGGUUCAGGGUCACUACGAAUCGAUACCAAUAGUACUAAUGGAAGUGGAGGCGAUAUUGAAGGGUCAGAAGACAAAUCACUCGAUCUGUGGCUUAGUAUUAGCAUCCCAUUGAUUUGUCUUUUGGCUCUUGUUGUUGUCAUGUUCUUUUGCUGCAAGCGAAAGAAAAAGAAACAACAACAACAGCAGCAGCAGCAACAACAAACGCUCAUUAAUACGAAUCUCGAGUCACCGUCCUUACCAAUGUAUCAUCGUGGAAGGCGAAGAGGAGGACCAAAUAACAGGAUGGCUAUCUUAACGUCUGAAGAUGAAGAAGCUCUUGCGUCGUGGAGAAUUGAUGUAGAGAAUAUUGAGCCUCUUAAUCCAUUGGGUGCAGGAGUCUAUGGGACCGUCUGGCUUGCAACGUACAUGGGUGAGACCGUAGUCGUAAAGAAACUGUCACCGCCAAUGCCGACGUCGUUACCUCGAACAAAGUCAUGGCGGAAAACUAAUCGUCAAAGUGUUGACAAACAUAGAGCAAAUUCAGGCACAAACACCGCGCCAAGAACAAAGUCACGUGUAUUAUCAGGUAAAAGUGCAUUGCGUCGGUUUUUGGUGGACAUUCGCUUCUUGUCGACCUUGAGUCAUCCAAAGAUCGUGGCAUUUUAUGGCGUGGCGUGGACUUCACCAUCGAAAUUGGACGUGAAUAAUGAACCAACUGGUAAUGCAUCGGACGUUCAAAUGGUGCUAGAAUAUAUGAGUUGCGGUGAUCUGCGCGAUUAUUUGGCUCGCACUCGAAGCGAUGCUCGAGCUCGAGCAUGGGGGCCACGUAAAUUGUCGAUGGCCCUGGAUAUUGCAGAAGCUCUUGCGUACUUGCACUCAAGACAACCACGGCCGGUCCUUCAUUGUGGCCUCAAGUCUAGAAACAUUUUGCUAGAUUCGACGUACACCGCAAAGGUCUCAGACUUUGGAUUCAGUCGGUAUGGCAUCACUCAAUCGAUGGGAAGCGAGGAAGACGACGAUGACUCGGAUGAACACUUUGCCAUGACUAACUCGAUCGGCACCAAUCGAUGGAUCGCACCAGAAGUUUUGUCAGGAAACUCUCGAUACUCGACUGCAGUGGAUAUGUACUCGUUUGGAGUCAUUUUGUCGGAACUUGACAGUCACGAUCUACCUUUCUCUGAUAUUACGCUCUCAAGUGGUCAGCCCUUGCCAGAAAGUGCCGUAGUGGAGUUGUUGCGUACUGGAGCCAUUCGUCCGUCGCUGUCAGAUCGAUGUCCUCGUGGCGUUGAAAUGUUAGUGAUGGCGUGUUUGAAUCUCGAGCCAAAAGUGCGACCUACGGCAGCACAGACAGCAGACCGACUACGAGCUUUACUGGAAUCGGAGCGUCGUGUGAGUGACAUUGGUGACGAUGUUAGCACAAGCGAUCAGAAUUCGUUCUUGGGUGCAAAAGAAGACAUUGCAAGUGUCUAUAGCAGCAGUAUCAACAGCUCUGUCAUAUCGAUUGAGCGUGGAUUCAACUACGCGGUGCUUGAAGAGCGCUAA